AUGAGGACCCCCCGUGAGGCUCCCGUGUGUCUCCUCCUGUCGCUCCUCGCCCUGACUCCGCUCUGUCGCGGCUGGAGUGAGGAGGAGGUGCUGCUGCCGCCGGUGAACGCGUCAAACCGGUUCGUGGCGAAUCUGGAGCUGGACGUGCACUUGUCCAAACGCUCCGUGGAGGAGAGCGAGCCCCCGGAGCCCCCGGAGGUGUCCCCGUGUAACGUGACCGUGCAGCGGCUACUGCCCACGUCGCUGGUCGCGCGAUGGGACAGCAGCUUCCAGUGUGACGUGCUGUUGUACACCACCAACACCCACGGGAGAGCCUUCUUCUCAGCCUCCAUCAACCGGGGGCUGUCCCCGGUGGUCAUCGAGCAUCUGGCCAUCACCGGAGGUCAGCAGGAGCUGCGUCUGUGCGUGGGCUGCGGGAUGUCCCGCUACCGCCGCUUCCGCGGCAGGAGCCUCCAUCCCGGGGACCAGGUCCCGUUCUGCUGCGUGGACUUCAGUCUGGACGAACUCAGAGGAGACACGAGCUGGAGCCUUAACCGGAAACCGGUGGAAUCUACGCUCGUGGCCUGUUUCAUGACGCUCGUCAUCAUCGUGUGGAGCGUGGCUGCCCUCAUCUGGCCAGUGCCUAUUAUUGCAGGCUUCCUGCCCAAUGGGAUGGAGCAGAGGAGGAGGAGGAGGAGAGAGGUGGAGUUCCAGAGGAGGAGGAGAGAGGUGGAGUCCCAGAGGAGGAGGAGAGGUGGAGUCCCAGAGGAGGACAGAGGAAGAGUCCCAGAAGGGGAGUCCCAGAGGAGGACAGAGGAGGAGUCCCAGAGGAGGACAGAGGAGGGGGAAAGAGGAGGCCAGAGGAGUCCCAGAGGAGGAGGACAGAGGAGGAGAAGAGAGGAGGACAGAGGAGUCCCAGAGGAGGAGUCCCAGAGGAGGAGUCCCAGAGGAGGAGUCCCAGAGGAGGAGUCCCAGAGGAGGAGUCCCAGAGGAGGAGUCCCAGAGGAGGAGUCCCAGAGGAGGACAACCUUUAAGCCUUCUUCCUGUCGUCAUUCAGAGUCGGUGUCGGAGUCAGUGUCAGUGUCGGAGUCAGUGUCGGAGUCGGAUUCAGAGUCAGUGUCGGAGUCAGUGUCUGAGUCAGAGUCGGAUUCAGAGUCGGUGUCAGUGUCGGAGUCAGAGUCGGAUUCAGUGUCAGUGUCCGAGUCGGUGUCGGAUUCAGAGUCAGAGUCGGUGUCAGAGUCGGUGUCGGAUUCAGAGUCAGAGUCAGUGUCAGAGUCAGAGUCAGAGUCAGUGUCAGAGUCAGAGUCAGUGUCAGAGUCAGAGUCGGUGUCGGAUUCAGAGUCAGUGUCAGUGUCAGUGUCAGAGUCAGUGUCAGAGUCAGAGUCACAGUCGGUGUCAGAGUCGGUGUCAGUGUCGGAGUCAGUGUCAGUGUCAGAUUCAGUGUCAGAGUCAGAGUCAGUGUCAGAGUCAGAGUCGGUGUCGGAUUCAGAGUCAGUGUCAGUGUCAGUGUCAGAGUCAGUGUCAGAGUCAGAGUCACAGUCGGUGUCAGAGUCGGUGUCAGUGUCGGAAGUCAGUGUCGGAGUCGGUGUGGAGUCAGAGUCACAGUCGGUGUCAGAGUCGGUGUCAGUGUCAGAGUCGGUGUCAGAGUCGGUGUCAGUGUCGGAGUCAGAGUCUGAGUCAGAUUCAGAGUCAGUGUCGGAGUCAGUGUCUGAGUCAGUGUCGGAGUCGGAUUCAGAGUCAGUGUCGGUGUCGGAGUCAGAGUCAGAGUCGGAUUCAGUGUCAGUGUCCGAGUCGGUGUCGGAUUCAGAGUUGGUGUCGGAUUCAGAGUCAGUGUCGGAGUCAGAGUCAGUGUCGGAGUCAGUGUCUGAGUCAGAGUCGGUGUCAGAUUCGGUGUCGGAGUCUGAGUCGGAUUCAGAGUCAGUGUCGGAGUCAGAGUCGGUGUCAGAGUCGGUGUCAGAGUCGGUGUCAGUGUCGGAGUCAGAGUCAGAGUCGGAUUCAGUGUCAGUGUCAGAGUCAGAGUCAGUGUCAGUGUCCGAGUCGGUGUCGGAUUCAGAGUCAGAGUCGGUGUCAGUGUCGGAGUCGGAUUCAGAGUCAGUGUCAGUGUCAGAGUCAGAGUCAGUGCCAGAGUCAGAGUCGGAGUCUGUGUCGGAGUCGGAGUCAGUGUCGGUGUCGGAGUCAGUGUCAGAGUCAGUGUCAGUGUCAGAGUCAGAGUCAGUGUCAGAGUCAGAGUCAGUGUCAGUGUCAGUGUCAGAGUCAGAGUCAGUGUCAGAGUCGGUGUCGGAGUCGGUGUCAGAGUCAGUGUCAGUGUCAGAGUCGGUGUCGGAGUCAGUGUCAGAGUCAGAGUCAGUGUCAGAGUCAGUGUCAGAGUCAGAGUCAGAGUCAGUGUCAGAGUCAGAGUCAGUGUCGGAGUCGGUGUCGGAGUCGGAGUCAGUGUCAGAGUCGGUGUCGGAGUCAGUGUCAGAGUCAGUGUCAGUGUCAGAGUCAGAGUCAGUGUCAGAGUCAGAGUCAGUGUCAGAGUCAGAGUCAGAGUCAGUGUCAGUGUCAGAGUCAGAGUCAGUGUCAGUGUCGGAGUCGGUGUCAGAGUCAGUGUCAGUGUCAGUGUCAGUGUCAGAGUCGGUGUCGGAGUCAGUGUCAGAGUCAGAGUCAGUGUCAGAGUCAGUGUCAGAGUCAGAGUCAGAGUCAGUGUCAGAGUCAGAGUCAGUGUCGGAGUCGGUGUCGGAGUCGGAGUCAGUGUCAGAGUCGGUGUCGGAGUCAGUGUCAGAGUCAGAGUCAGAGUCAGUGUCAGAGUCAGAGUCAGAGUCAGUGUCAGUGUCAGAGUCAGUGUCAGAGUCGGUGUCGGAGUCGGAGUCAGUGUCAGAGUCAGAGUCAGUGUCAGAGUCAGUGUCAGAGUCAGAGUCAGAGUCAGAGUCAGUGUCAGUGUCAGAGUCAGAGUCAGUGUCGGAGUCGGUGUCAGAGUCGGUGUCGGAGUCAGUGUCAGAGUCAGUGUCAGUGUCAGAGUCAGUGUCAGAGUUAGAGUCAGUGUCAGAGUCAGAGUCAGUGUCAGAGUCAGAGUCAGUGUCAGUGUCAGUGUCAGUGUCAGAGUCAGAGUCGGUGUCAGAUUCGGUGUCAGUGUCGGAGUCUGAGUCGGAUUCAGAGUCAGUGUCGGAGUCGGAUUCAGAGUCAGUGUCGGAGUCAGAGUCGGUGUCAGAGUCGGUGUCAGAGUCGGUGUCAGUGUCGGAGUCAGAGUCAGAGUCAGAGUCGGAUUCAGUGUCAGUGUCAGUGUCAGAGUCAGAGUCAGAGUCAGUGUCAGUGUCAGUGUCAGUGUCAGAGUCAGAGUCAGUGUCAGUGUCAGUGUCCGAGUCGGUGUCGGAUUCAGAGUCAGAGUCGGUGUCAGUGUCGGAGUUGGAUUCAGAGUCAGUGUCAGUGUCAGAGUCAGAGUCAGUGCCAGAGUCAGAGUCAGAGUCGGUGUCGGAGUCUGUGUCGGAGUCGGAGUCAGUGUCGGUGUCGGAGUCAGUGUCAGAGUCAGUGUCAGUGUCAGUGUCAGAGUCAGAGUCAGUGUCAGAGUCAGUGUCAGUGUCAGAGUCAGAGUCAGUGUCAGAGUCGGUGUCGGAGUCGGAGUCAGUGUCAGAGUCAGUGUCAGUGUCAGUGUCAGUGUCAGAGUCGGUGUCGGAGUCAGUGUCAGAGUCAGAGUCAGAGUCAGUGUCAGAGUCAGAGUCAGUGUCAGAGUCAGAGUCAGAGUCAGAGUCAGUGUCAGAGUCAGUGUCGGAGUCGGUGUCGGAGUCGGAGUCAGUGUCAGAGUCGGUGUCGGAGUCAGUGUCAGAGUCAGUGUCAGUGUCAGUGUCAGAGUCAGAGUCAGUGUCAGAGUCAGAGUCAGUGUCAGAGUCAGAGUCAGAGUCAGUGUCAGUGUCAGAGUCAGAGUCAGUGUCAGAGUCGGUGUCGGAGUCGGAGUCAGUGUCAGAGUCAGAGUCAGUGUCAGAGUCAGAGUCAGUGUCAGAGUCAGAGUCGGAUUCAGAGUCAGUGUCAGUGUCGGAGUCAGAGUGA